AUGAAGUUCCUUUCUACCGUUCUGGGCCUCGCUUCUAUUGCGAACGCUCAUACACUCUUCACUACGUUCUACGUCGAUGGCAAGAACCAGGGUGACGGAACUUGUGUUCGUCAGCCCGAGGAUGGUGCUACUGCCAAUGGUCCCAUCUAUCCCAUUACUGGAGAUGUCAUGGCUUGUGGCCGAGAUGGUGACAAGCCUGCCAAGUUCAUCUGCCCUGCCCCCGGCGGUGCUCAACUCACCUUCCAUUUCCGUGAGUCUCCCGCCUACAACCGACCCGGAGCCAUCGCCGAGGGCCACAAGGGCCCCUGCUCUGUCUACGUUAAGAAGGUUGACAACAUCCUCACCGACUCUGCUGCCGGUGCUGGAUGGUUCAAGAUCUGGGAGGAUGGCUACGACGUCAAGGAGGGCACCUGGUGUACCGACCGCCUCCGAGCCAACAACGGCCUUCUCUCGGUCGACCUGCCUACUGGCCUACCCUCGGGCUACUACCUGGUCCGUCCCGAGGUCCUUGCCCUGCACAACGCUCCCGCUGGUGAUCCCCAGUUCUACCAGGGCUGUGCCCAGAUCUUCAUUGAGAACGGCCCCAACGUUCCUCUUCAGGUCCCUAAGAAGAACGAAGUUAGCAUCCCUGGAUACGUCAACAAGGACACCCCCGGCCUCACCUACAACAUCUACGAGAAGCCUCUCGGCGAGUACCCCAUCCCCGGCCCUGAUGUCUGGGUCCCUACCGCUGAAGAGACUGGCACCAAGCAGACCCAGAAGUACGGCGUCAUCCCUAGUGAUUGCCUCGUCAAGAAUGGCAACUGGUGCGCCAAGCCCAUGGCCAAGUACUCUGGCCAAGACGAGUGCUGGGCCGCCUCCAAGGAGUGCUGGAACCAGGCCGAUGUUUGCUGGAAGACUGCUGCUCCUUCUGGCGGUGCCAACUGUGAGGUCUGGAGCGAUUACUGCACAGAGAUGAACAACCAGUGCGAGAACGAGAACUUUGAGGGCCCUCCCAAGUUCACUGGAAAGGAGGUGUUUGCUAAGCCUGGCCCCAUUCCCGCACCCUACGACGGCACCGAGGCGAACAAGGAUGGCAAGGACACUACAAGCAGCGCUGCGGCUCCCGCCAAGACCACGGCCAGCGCUCCCAAGGUCAGUGCCCCCAAGGCUGAGCCUGAGACCGUCGAGUACAACGAGGAUGCUUUUCCGGCCUAUGAGGAGACCCCUACCGGGUAUAUCACUGCGCCUACUAGCACCUCCGUCAGCAAGCCCAAGGAGACCUCGAGCGUCCCAGUCGAGGAGGGAGGCUCUGGACUCAAGGUCUCCAAGGACGGUCGCUGCGGUGGCGAGACAGGCCAGACCUGUGAAGGCAGCUCAUUCGGCAACUGCUGCUCCAAGAAGGGCCGCUGUGGUCGCAAGAGCCGACACUGCGAUUGUGGCUGUCAGAACGCCUUUGGCAUCUGUGGAGAGUAA